AUGGCAGUCCCACAAGAUGCCGAAGAACCGGUUUGUCCUGAACGUUUUCGAGCUAGCCUCAAGGAAUCGUCUUUCACUGUGCCAGAUAUCGCUACAAAAGUUUUCAAAGAGGAAUGCACAUACUGCUUCCGAACACCCUUCUUUCCAGGUGGUCUUUUCGUGUGCCUGAAAACCUAUGCCUGCUUUUGCUUCACCCAUGUAGGGCUGUAUGCAGAGCAGUCUCGAAACACCUUAUUUCUUCAUAUCUUCAGUAAAAAGCAGGAAGUUAAGACUUUACUGCAAGCUUUCCGAACUCACAUAGGUUUUAUUGAUGAAGCGUGUUUCAGAUUUGAUGUUCAAGACACAUAUUCUCUGGUCUCGUUCCCACACAUUAAUGCCAAAUGUGCAAUUGAUGAAAAACUUGGUGCAGAUUUAUAUGGAACAUGCCAGUACGUGAUUGCUGCCACAAGUGCGGAGCGAAUAGCGUUGCUACAAAGUGCUAGCAAUGCUUGGGACGGAGAGCUUAAACAAAUAACCAAACAUGCAAACCUGGACCAGUUAUCAAAUGGGAAAAUCGUGAGUCAUAUGCAGUUUGUUGUGAACAUGAGCUAUUCGGCUACAUUUUAA